AUCUAAGUCGACGUAAUGUACAAAUACAGUCCAUCAUCGGAGGACUAUCACACAGCAAAAUAGGUAUGGUAAAAUACAUUCCUAAGUGGGAAAAUCUGUUCUCAAGUUCUUCUCAAGUCGUUCUCAACUAUUCCCAUACUGACAACCCAUGAUAAUGAACUGAUCAUGCUACCGAUAGAUGGCACAAAGUGAGGAGACACAAAUCGUAGACUUUGUCCCCCAUUACAAACGAGGGCGCUGGCUAUUACACGAGCUUAAAAGUAGAUCGUGCACUUGGUCAACAUCAUCCAACGCGCUCACACUGGCAAGCAAGGCAGUAUCUUCAUCAGGUCAAAAGAGACAAUCAGUGAAUCUUUCAAGGAAAAUCAAGGCGUUAAAGAUUACUACGUUCUAUUGAACAGAAUGGCCUUUUUGAAAUGGGAAGACUACGUCAUGUUUGUUAUAACACUUGUUUUCUCUCUGGGAAUCGGCCUCUUCUUUUCUUUACGGAGCAACAGACUGAAAACUACAAAACGAUUUAUUCUAGGCGAUGGCAAUAUGUCGUCAUUUCCGGUGGCCUUGUCUUUAAUGGUUUCAUUUGAAUCUGGCGUUAUGAUGUUGGGAGUUCCGGCGGAAGUGUAUAUGUAUGGUAUGCAGUGGUAUAUUUCUAUUAUAGCUAGUUUCUUUUCUUAUCUAUUGACAACACAUUUGUUGAUACCAUCGCUAAAGGAGCUCAAACUUACCAGUAUAAACCAGUAUAUGGAGCUUCGAUACAACUCUCAUGGACUCCGACUGUUUGCAACAAUAAUUAGUUUGCUUUCAUGGGCGAACUAUCUUGGAACCGUAUUAUUUGUGCCGGCUGUUACAUUGGAAAUAGUGGCUGGUAUUCCUAUGUGGAUCUCUAUUGUCUCACUGACGAUCGUUGUGGUGGUAUAUACUAUUAUUGGAGGGUUCACAGCUGUAAUAUGGACAGAUGUAUUUCAGGCCUUUCUCAUGUUUGGUGGAAUGUUUGCCAUUCUCAUCAAGGGCACGAUGGAAGCGGGUGGAGUGGCAAACACUUGGAGCAUUGUGAGGGAGAAAGGAAGAUUUAACAUGUUAGACUUUAAUCCCGAUCCGACUUUACGUCAGUCGUUUUGGAGCCUUACAAUUGGCGGUGUGUUUCAUGGGUUAAGAAUGCAAUUCAAUCAAGCGACUUAUCAGAGGGUCAAAGCAACGUCUACUGUAUCAGCAGCCAAACGGAUGUAUAUGAUCGCGGCCUUUCUUCUACUGUUUAUAUCCGGUCUUGCGGUCUUAGAAGGAGCAGUGAUGUUUGCAUACUACCAUUCAAAAGGAUGUGAUCCACUGGAGGUCGAUCAAGUCCGAAACCAAAACCAAUUAAUAGCAAAAAUGGUACGAGACAUAUUUCUGGAUACACCGUGUCUUCCUGGACUUUUCUUGGCAGCGCUUUUUAGCGCUUCACUAAGUACCAUGUCGUCUGUGUUAAGUGCAAUGUCGGCUGUGUUUUGGGAGGAUAUCAUCAAACCGCACACUAAACCUAUGUCGGACAAACGGGCUAUACGAAUCGCCCAAUUAUCAGUGUUAUUUUUCGGAGGGAUCUCUGUCUGUAUUGCCAUUGGCAUUUCCGGCAUUGAUGGACCAAUUUCACGGAUACUUGACAUAACUGGGUCUUGUUUUGACGGUGCUGUUGGAGGACUGUUUAUCCUUGGAUGGUUCGUACCGAGAGCCAAUGCACGGGGUGGAUUAGUCGGCGGCUUUGUAAGCGUCCUCUUUGUAGGAUGGAUAUCGUUCGGGAAAUUGAUUUCCUCAGGAGUGCGUGUAACUGCAAAAUUAGAACCGGCUUCGACGGAAAAAUGUCCACCGCUAAAUAUAUCGGGGAUUAUAAAUGCAACUUUAUACGGACAAUUGUCUGCAGGAACAAUGUGGAACGAAUCGUACUAUAAAACUGAUGUGACUCCAACGACAAUCAUUUCCGAGCCAGACGGACUAGAUACACUGUACUCUCUGUCCUAUAAAUGGUUAACGCCGCUAGGUAUUGUCCUGGUUCUAAUUGUCGGAUCUCUCGUCAGCCGUCUACAAGCUCGGACGCCUGUCGACCCUUCAUUGGUCGUUCCAAUAUGUGAUUAUCUGUGUUGCUGUAUGCCUGAGCUAUUCAGAAGAAAGUUCCGAUGCGGUGUCAAGUAUCCCCCGACUGUUAAAAAUACAGAUGAAGCUGCAGCAGAAUCAGCUGUUGAAAUGUUAUCUCCACACGACAGUUCGCGGUUGUCAUCAGGCUAAAUCGCUGCAUAAAUAUGAACACAAUACAUCUCCAGCACACACACAGGCAUACAUACAUAGGAAGAUAUUCGCCAGAUGGCAUAGGACUAGUAGUUAGCGCCUGA